CCUGUAACAAAUGAGGUAAUGGGAGCUGCAUCUUGUGAGUUUAAAUUUUUUAUUGAACAUCUCCAGUGAAAGGCUCUAAGGAAUGCGUGUCCUCAGUAAGUGGACAAGUGAGGGAGCUGAAGAACUAAUUGCAACAGUGAUAAAAGAAUGACUGAGAAUGAAAAUGAAAAUCUAGUUACACCAGAGGAAACAAUUAAAGAACUGUGCCUUUGCAAUGGACUUUCCUAUGAAAAAGUUGAUCAGGAAGGAAAUGCUGUUUCAAGACUGGAGAUGUUUUUCUCUGGGUAUUCAGUCAUGCUUGGACUCUCUUACUUUCCAAACCUAACUACUCUAACUAUAGUUGGCCAGAACAUUCAGAAGAUAGAGAAUCUUAAACACUGCCCACUGCUCAGAGAACUUUGGAUUUGCGAAUGUUACUUGACGAAAAUAGAAGAAUUGCAGCACUGCAAAAAUUUGAAAAAUCUGUAUCUCUACUGUAAUAAAAUCAACAAGAUUGAAAACUUGCAGAGACUAGAAGAAUUGGAAGUUCUGUGGUUAAAUAAUAAUCAGAUCAAAGUAAUUGAGGGAUUAGAGACAUUAAAAAAACUGAAGGAACUAAAUCUGGCUGAUAAUUUCAUCAACAAAGUUGGAGACUGUUUAGAUCCUAAUGCAAAACUAGAAAGACUGAACCUUUCAGGAAACAGGAUCUAUUCUUUAAAGGAGCUCACCAAUUUAACAAGGCUACCACUUUUGAUGGAUUUGUCCCUGAAGGACUCCCAGUACAACACAAAUCCUGUUUGUGUACUCUACAAUUAUGCCACUCAUGUACUUUAUCAUUUACCACAGCUUCAGAAGCUGGACACAUAUGAUGUGUCAAACAAGGAGAUUAGAGAGAGAGCAGAGUCCACAGUAAUGAAAAAGAUAAUGUAUUAUAACAUGAGGAUGAAGAUUAUUCACAGGCAACUGAAAGAGAAACUGCAAGACUUGUCUAAUGAAGAAAAGCAUUUGCAGGCAAUACCUAAAUAUCAAAUAAAACACCUUAUCUAUGCUGUUAAAAGUAUGGAGCGUGAAUUAUCAGAGCUACAAAAAUCAACAACAAUGCCAACAAACUAUGUGAACAGGGAAGAAACAGAUCCCCAAAUGAAAGUUUCAGGAAGUAGUGGCCGCAUUUCAAGUGACAGCAGUGAGCUUUCAGGUCUGGAACAAAAAAUUCUAUACAAACUAGCUGCAUUAAAAGAAAGACUGGAGUUCUGGAGACAAAAACAUAAGGAAAUUGAAGAUGCUUACCAAGAGGAGAUAAAAAGAAUGACUGAAUAUAAUGAGCUUAUGGUUCAAUUUUUACUGCUGGAACUUGAAACAGUUGGAAAUGUUCGUUUUGAAGAAGGCACUCCAACAGAUAUCUGGUUUACUUCUUGUUCUGAUUUAAUGCUGUCACGUUUUUGUGUGUGGGACUUCAAGGUCUAUAACAUCACAGGAAUUAAAAUUAAUCGCAUAAUUCGAGUGCAUAAUCGCAUUCUAAGGCUUCAGUUUGAAGAAAAAUUCCACAUGUUUUUGGAAGAAGAGGAGUGCGGUAUUUCACAAAACCACAGAAAGAUGAUGGAAUAUCUUUUUUAUGUGCCUGCUGCAGGAUUAUCUGGAGGAAGUGAUCAUCUCUUACAUAUUCUAGAAUGUGGUUUUGAGGGAGAACAGCAUCAGUUGAGAGAAGAAGUUGUUGUUCUCUCUAAUAGUCUGAGCCUUUGUGAGCAGCCCAGAAUCGAUUACCUACUACAAGAAAAUAUUACCCAGGACAAGGCCAGCAUGGAUGAAGUACCUUUUAGACACGGUCGAAUUGUCAUUGCUAAAGUAUUUCUUGGCCGUAGUAUGCAGGCCAAAGAGGACAAGCCUAUUAACAAGAUCAACUAUGAAAAAGCUAAUUCAGUCUUCAGGCCCCGACGAACAGACAGAAACAUGUCAUCUCUACAAAAUAUCGAAUCAACAUGUUCAUCUAUACAGCAUGAAAACUGUGGAUGCAGCCUUCGACAGUGUGAGUGGUUUGUGUUUGAACAUGAGCUUGUCUUGCCCGAAUAUGUCAUUGAUUUUGAAUAUAUCACACAGGAUGAGCCAAGGUUUGCAUUUGUUGCAACUACAGAUGAUGGUAGAGAAACAACUAAAAAGGCAGCAUUUUGCCUUGAUGUAUGUCUUGAUGAAGAAAUUUUAAACAUGGAGCCAACUUUCAAAGCACGACCCAAAAUCAUAAGCUUGGAUGAGAAAACAAUUCUUUCAGUAGCAAAGGCCAAUAUUUACAGCCAGAUCACAGUAUUGAAUCUUCAUGGAAAUAGUCUGAAUAAACUGAAGGAGCUUUCCAGAUUGACUUGUCUUCAAAAACUUAUUGUAAGCUUUAAUGAGCUCUGCUCCCUAGAUGACAUCUCAAACUUACCUAACCUGGAAUAUCUGGAUGCAAGUCAUAAUCAUUUGACAACCCUUAAUGGUUUUAAAGGAAUGACCAGAAUGAAAUAUUUAGAUCUGAGUUUUAACGAACUUACACAGACUAAAGAAGAAAUUGGAGUUCUUUGUAAGCAUGCAUCAAAUCUGCUCAGUCUUGAUAUCCAGUUCAACCCCUGGCAAAAGAUAGAUUCACUGCAUCUGUAUGUCAUCAGCUGUUUGAAGUCUUUGAGCUAUUUGAAUGGGGUCCCUGUCACAGAGGAAGAUACUUCUUUGGCACUACAUCUAACUGCUGGCACAAAAUUAAAUCAGGUUACUCUGCUUAUUAAUUCAAGAACCGAUGAAGUCCGUCCUCGUUGUUUAAGUUUGUUAUCUUCAGCUGAAAUAUUACACCAUUUCAGUAAAAACAACUUUGAUACACAAUUUGAUAUGAAUUCAGACCGAUACUCUAAGAUUACUUCUUUAAACUUGGAUGCGCAAUGUCUUUCAAGACUCACUAAUCUAGGCAAGCUGGUGAAUGUACGCUGGGCAUCUUUCAACAGUAAUAACCUCACAAAAAUUGAGGGGCUGGAAAACUGGAUUCACCUUGAAGAACUAUCACUGGAUGGAAACUGUAUCUCAAAACUAGAUGGACUUCCAAGACCAAACAAACUUGUUCGUCUCAGUCUUAAUAAUAACCAGCUGAGUAGUUUAGAUGGAGUUUUGUGCAACAUGCCGUAUCUUCACUAUCUUUCCGUUGAAAACAACAGAAUAAGUUCCCUGCUUGGUCUGCAGAAAGUACAUUCACUAAUAGAGCUCUACAUUGGAAAUAACUGCAUUAGUACCAGUCGAGAUAUCUACCUUCUUAAAGGCUUGUGCAACCUAGUUAUACUGGACAUGUAUGGGAAUCCUUUAACAAAGAAGCAGGAAAACUACCGAUUGUUUGUACUUUAUCAUAUGCCAGCACUGAAGGCUUUGGAUGGAAUUACGAUAGAACAGAUAGAGACUGAAAAUGCAAAAGAUUUGUUUGGAGGUCGCCUAACUCCAGAUAUGGUUGCAGAAAAACUGGGGCACUCAAAUUUCGGUGAAAUGACACAGCUGGAUUGGCCUGCAUCAUCACUGAGAACUGUGGAUUUAUCACCUCCAGAACAGUUCACAAAUUUAUGGAGUGUUAACCUUGAGCACAACAAUCUUACAUCUUUUGGUAGUUUAAUCUUUCUGCCUAAUGUUAAGGUACUCAGUCUAAAUCAUAAUCAUAUUGUGUCUAUACUGUCCAGACAAAAAACUCAAAACCAUAUAUCAAGUAGACAGUUGCUUUACCAAAAAGUGAUUUCCAGUGGUUAUGGUCAACAGGGAGGUUUAAAAGGAAACAAGGAUGCAGGAUAUAAUGAAAACCUAACACCAAUAAUGGAAAGUUUGGAAGUUCUUCAUUUGGGCUAUAAUGGCAUUUCUAACUUGGCCCAACUACAGCUUAGGAGGCUAAAAAACCUGAAAGCACUUUUCUUACAAGGUAAUGAAAUCACUCAGCUUGAGGGACUUGAAGGCUUACAUCAUCUACGAGAACUCGUACUGGAUCACAAUCGCAUCAAGGUUAUAAAUGAAAACUCUUUCACUGGGCAAAAAUGCCUUUUAGAACUUCAUCUGGAAGAAAACAGAAUUCGAGAGCUUAGUAAUUUAAAUCCUCUUUUAAAGCUACAACGGCUGUUUCUAGGUUUUAACAAAAUUCAGGACAUGUCAGAACUACGUAAACUGGACGUCCUUCUAAAUCUAAUCGAGCUUUCACUCAUUGGCAAUAAUGUGACUCGCAAAUCAUUACACCGCCCAUUGCUAGUGCUUCAAUUACCCAACCUGCAGAAAUUAGAUGGAAUACCAGUGAAUGCAGAGGAGAGAGCUAGAGCAGAGUUUCAUCUUCUUGAACAGCAGGCUUUUUCAACUACAAACCAGCCUGUGGAAGGAGGAUUUCCUGGAACAGUAUCCAUUCUGGCAAAACCUUUCCCAGUGAGAGUGACAAAUGUGAGUCUGACUGGAGGGUUGCAGAACUUCCUAGGAUCUGAUAUCCUUUUUUCAAAUACAUGUGAAGAUCUUGCGAAUGAGACAAGUAAAUGUAAGAAGUCUAAGAAUGCCACAGUAACUUUAACAAAUAAUCCUCGAAGCAUGCAUGCAGAAAUUGCCAUUAGACAAGUGAAAGGUGGAACAAAUUAUUCAUCAACAUACUUAGCACCACGGAUUGGAUCUUCUCCACUGGUAAAUGCUAACCCAAGUCAUCAAAACCAGGAAAGCAGGUAA